UCUCCAGCUAUCGUGCUAUGGCUCCCGGACGGACAGUUAACAGCGCGGCAGUCCCUCCAUUUAUAACCUCUCAUCCCAUCUCCCUCCAUAUUCCCAGAUACCACUAUCCGCGACUCAAAGCGAACUACUAGGACGAGCCAUGGACGACGACAUCGACAGCUCCUGCUCCACCCCUUUCGCCAGCGCGCCGUCCAGCCCCGGCCGUUCCCCUGCCAUCUUCGGCGGCGGCGGCGGCGGCUAUUUUUUCAGUGCACCGGCCAGCCCCAUCCACCACCUGCUGUUCUCGUCUUCCUCGGCUGCCGCUGGUGCCCCUAAUGGCGGCGGGUACGGCGGACUAGGUGACGCGGAGUUCGAGUUCGGCGGCCCUGGCGAGCACAUGAUCUCUGCUGACGAGCUCUUCCAGAACGGCCAGAUCCGGCCGCUCACCCUGUCCCCGCUCCCGGAUCUCGACCCCGACAGCGACGAAGAUGGCAGCGAACGGCGCCACGGCCCCGCGCGCGGCCGCGAGCCCACGUUCCGGAGCGGCUCCGUGCACCGCCGCGCCCGGUCGAUGUCCCCGAUGCGCAGCCCGUCCCCGCGGCUCAAGCUGCUCGGUGCGCUCGUCCCCGCGCCGGAUCUUGGCUCCGUGUCCCUUUCGACCGGGGCGCAGGAUGCCCCGCCGCCGGUCACCGCCUCGUCGCGCUCCUCGUCGUCCUCGUCGACCUCCUCCUCCUCGUCCUCGUCGUCCGCCCGCGGGUCCCGGCGGUGGGUGAUCCUCAAGGACAUGCUCCUCCACCGCAGCAAAAGCGAGCCCGGCAGCGCCCAUGCGCACGAAGCCCCUGCGGCCGCCGCCAAGCCGGAGAAGGCAUGGCAGUUCUCGCCUUCGUGGGCGUCGAGGGACAAGGUCAUCGCGAAGCUGCGCGGGGCGAGGCCGUCACCGCAAUCGGAGACGGGAGCGGCGGCCAGUGGUGGCGUCGGUGAGGGCGACGAAUCCCGGACGACGCGGGGUCAGGGCAGGUCCAAGGGUCGGCGGCGCUCAACGACGGUGGCGGCCGCGCACGAGAGGCUUUACGCGGCGCCGAACAGGGCGCAAGCGGAGGAGAUGCGGCGGCGGACGUUCCUGCCGUACCGGCAGGGCGUGCUCGGCUGCCUCGGCUUCAGCUCCCGCGGCUACGGCGCGCUCCGCGGGUUCUCCAAAACCCUCAGCCCCGUCUUCUCUCGGUAAAAGUAAAAGCACUCCAGAAAUCCCCCAAAAUAUGGAAAAGCAGAGAGCAAAACAAGAGCUUAAUAAUGGCCAUUGCUACUGUUGCCGGUUAAUUAACAAAAUUAGUAUUAGUAAUAUUCGGUCUUUUCUGUAAUACUAUGCGAGUAUUGUCUUUUGUAAGUUGUUGCGUGUGUGUAUAGAGUCAGUGAGCGUGAAAAAUCCACAAGUUCGUUCGGAGGUUGUUGUCAGAAGUCACAUCAACUCGUCCAUCAGCAGGGUGGAGUUGGAUAAAUUUGGCGCGAACGCAAAAAAUACCGCUACAUUAUGCUA